AUGUACCAGCUUGUUCUCAUCUUGGAAGUCAUACUGUUUAGGUCCAUUCAUGCAGUUGGAAUAUUUUCAAUACGCGAAGUUGCGAGUUGUACCCGUGGGACAGGAGCCACGAACAUCAUCCUCUUCAAGGCAAGCUCCAUAAGAUGUGGGCAGAAAACGGGAUCGGGCAGUCGAGGAAGCGCCAAGCCCGCACGCACCGGUGGAAAGCCCGGUUCGGGAGAACCAAUUCAGAAACUUGUCUUCACGAUGCCACCAAUGCUCAAAUCUGGAUCGCAAUCUGAACGUCAGCAGACGUCUCGCCGCAACAAGGAACCGGGGCAGUUCCCCCCUCCCAAAAGUAUUAAUUAUGGACCUACCUUGUAUCGAGUAAGCUUCCGGGACCAUUUCUGCGUCGAUAGUCAAGGAAGCGACGUUGAACUACGUAUGAAAGCCAGCCCAUAG